AUGUCGAAACUGGAAAGUGUAUUUAUGAUACAGAAAAAUACAGUCAUCACUAGGAGCAAGAACUCUUCGAUUUUUGAACUUUCCCACAACUGUCUUCAUCCUGCAUCUCAGUUUAAAUUCUUAGAUAACAGCGCCAUAUUGAAGUUGAACGUACCAGGUUGUCUUCAAGGAGUUCAUAAAUGGGUAAAUGGUUAUCGUCUUGAUAUGUUGUAUAUCCACACUGAUACGCGCAACAUUAAUGACGCUGCUUGUGUCAACAACAAUGCUGUAAAACAAACCUCUUGGGGAGGUCUACAAAUACGGUACGACAAAGCUGGAUAUCAAUUUCGAUGUUUAAGACCUUGGACUUCUAAAGAACUACAAGACAAUCAAGGAGUUGAUCCUUAUUUGAAAAUGGUUAAUUGUAAGUCUGCACCAAAAAAGCAAUUUCAUUUCGGUUCAAUAGCGUCUUUUCGACAAAAGAUGACGGACGUCAGCUGUCCCAAAAGUCAAUACAUGACCAUCAAAAGUGCAUCAUACCGCGAAUUGACUGGAAGUAAUAUUUGUGGGUCAAGUUAUGAUUACAGUUGUAGUGUCGAUGUCACGUGUCAUCUGAAGAGACACUGUGAUGGCAAACGAGAGUGUAUUGUCAUUGUUAAUGAUAAUCUUUUUCCUUUAAACAUUUGUCCUGGUUUGAAUAAGUAUCUUUAUUUUGAAUAUCAAUGCAGCACCACAUCGUUUGUUGAAAUUUGUUACCUUGAAACGGCAUACCUGUCAAAUUCAAUAUUCCCAAACCAAGGAGUUGUAAAUGUUAUCACGAAGUAUGAUGGUAACUUUACAAUCUGUAAAGAAAGUUCCUUAGAUAAAGUAAAAGACGAUAUUUGCAUGCAAUUUGGUUACCCUGCAGCUGACUCUAUCAAAAUAUGGACAUCAAGCAAAGGCGAUCAAAUUUUUUUAUAUGGAGAGUUAUCUUGUAACAACCAAGCAAAAAAUCUUUCUCAAUGCGUUAUCACAACGAAAGAGAAAUGUUCCCAUCAUUCAUUAUUAAAAUGUCAUAUCUGUGCCAGGCCGUUGUUAAACGACACAAAAAAAUUCCCUGACUCAUUGUUUUCCGCUUCAAAGGCAAUAAAUUUGCACAAUGCCGCCAAUGCAAGAAUAUCCAGUGGCAGAUCGUGGUGUGCUCCUACUGCUGAUGGAAAUCACUAUCUUCAAAUAAGCUUUGAAAAACUUUAUGCUAUUAACUCCGUUGCAAUUUUUGGAGACACAACAACCUUAAGUUGGGUGACAAAAUAUCACAUUAACACCACUUCUGAUUUAAUAAACUGGGAGUCAGUAUCUAAUCAGAAUUCACAAAAAGUUUUCAAAGGAAACAAAAACGCUUACAAAGACGCUGCUAUAUCAAACAUCAAAGAGGUACAAGGACGAGAGCUUUACGACUUAUUCCAGUGA